GCCACGCUUAUAGAGGGUCAUGUCAUUUGUGGGCUUUUUUGAGGCCCAUUCUGAUCCUUAGGGUUUCGUCUCUAGAGCAAUAUCUAGAACUAUAAAACGGCGCUUCGCCAACAUUGAGAGGCUAGCUUGUAUCAUCCUCCAGGGUUUCUUCUGCUGCCUCGCAAGCCAGCCAGACAGCCGCCGAUCUCAGCGAAGAUGCCGUCGCACAAGAGUUUCAUGAUCAAGAAGAAGCUGGCGAAGAAGAUGCGCCAGAACAGGCCGAUUCCUCACUGGAUCCGGUUGAGGACCGACAACACCAUUAGGUACAAUGCCAAGCGCAGGCACUGGCGCCGUACCAAGCUCGGAUUCUAAGGUGGAUGGCCUUUCAAUUUUAAGCCUAUUUUAGUUUUUAGUUCAUUUGGAGAAGAAAGACAUGGAACCAUUUAUGUAGUUAAUGUGUUUACUCCAGCGGAGUCCUUUAACAAGAUUUUGGUCAUAUUGUUGUUUGUUUUACAGUUUAUUUUAUAUUUCAACUUAUGGAUUUGACUUAUAUUUGUGUUAAUCUGAAAUUUAUGUUCAUGUUUUGAUAAA